UAUCAAAUGGUUAGACCAACAAAAACGUUUCAAAAUUAUGGGGAGCACACAAAAACAAGCCAGGAAUGAAUUAUGAAACAAUGGGGAGAGCACUUAGAUAUUACUACCAACGGUAUGUAAAAAAUCAGAACAAAAAUCAGAAUUUACGAAAAACGGAAUUAAAAAUAGCAACAAAAACAGAACAAAAUCAGAUCAGAAUAAAAAACACAAAAAAAUCAAAAUAUUUACAUUUUAAGAGGAAUUUUGGAAAAAGUUGA